AUGGCGCAACAACAAACCACCCCGUCACCAACAAUCCCCUCCCCACUCCCCUUCCCAAAACCAACCACAAUCCCCCCCCGCGGCCCGCACACACACACUCUAAUCCUCCUCCACGGCCGUGGCGACUCCUCCCUCGACUUCAGCACUGAAUUCAUCACCCUUCCCCUCCCCAUUUCCCCCUCUACAUCCAAACAUCCCCUCUCAACCCUCCCCCAGCGCUUCCCGGGUGUCAAAUUUGUCUUCCCCGGUGCGAAGAUGGGCCUCUCCACCUUCUCUGGCAACAUGAUGAUGCCACAGUGGUUUGACGUGGUGAGCCUGGACCCGCCGUAUGAGAAACAGUACGAGCUGCAGCGGGAGGGCUUGCGGAGUUCGGUGAAUUAUUUGCUGAAGCUGGUGAAGGAGGAGGCUGCGAUUGUAGGUGGGGUGGGUAAGGUAGUUGUGGGGGGGUUGAGUCAGGGAGCUGUGGUUGCAUUGGCAGCUGCGAUGAGCUUUGAUACGGUUGAGGCUGGGGAGGCGUUGGGGGGGUGUGUGGCAAUGAAUCUCGAGGAGGAUGGAGAGAAUGGGUGGCUUCGAAGCACUGAUCCCAAGGUGGCGGUUAGCGCGGCUAAUUGGUUCCGUGAGAAUGUACUGGGUAUCCCGCCAAUUAAUGUCGUUGACUGGCAGCAGAUCACGCUUCCAAAGACACACCUGUGGAUCGCACAUGGAGCGUUGGACACGCAUUUGAAACCGCAGUAUGGGGAAGAGGGCGCGAAGACGCUGGAGAAGCUUGGGUGGAAUGUCACAUUCAUGCUGUACGAUGAACUCGAGCACUGGUAUAUGCCGGAUGAAUUGGAGGAUAUGGCGAUUUACUUGGAUGUUGUGGUUGGGGUGCCGGAGGCGGAAUGA